AUGAUGGGACAAAAUCAUACCAUGAAAACUGAGUUUAUCCUCACAGGAUUGGGAGAUCACACAGACCUGAAGACCCUUCUGUUUGUGGUGUUCUUUGUUAUCUAUCUGAUCACAAUGGUAGGAAACAUCAGUCUGGUGAUAUUGAUUUCAAAAGAAGAGAGUCUUCACACACCAAUGUACAUCUUCCUGGGUAACCUGGCUCUUAUAGAUUCUUGUUGUGCCUGUGCUAUUACUCCCAAGAUGUUAGAGAACUUCUUUUCUGAAGACAGAAGGAUUUCGCUCUAUGAAUGUAUGGCACAGUUUUAUUUUCUUUGCACCGUUGAAACUGCUGACUGCUUUCUUCUGGCAGCAAUGGCCUAUGACCGCUAUGUGGCCAUCUGCUGCCCGCUGCAUUACCAUACCAAGAUGUCGAAGAGGCUCUGCAUUCAGAUGACAACAGGGGCCUUCAUAGCUGGAAACCUGCACUCCAUGAUUCAUGUAGGGCUUCUGUUUAGGCUAGCUUUCUGUGGGUCUAAUCACAUCAACCACUUUUACUGUGAUAUUCUGCCUUUGUACAGACUCUCCUGCAUUGACCCUUACAUCAAUGAACUUGUUCUCUUUGUCUUUUCGGGCUUCAUUCAAGUCUUCACAAUAAGUAGUGUCUUAAUAUCUUAUCUCCACAUUCUGUUUACCAUUUUCAGAAUGAAAUCUAAAGAAGGAAGGCUCAGGGCCUUUUCCACCUGUGCAUCUCAUUUUUUAUCUGUUUCAUUAUUCUAUGGAUCUAUUUUCUUCAUGUACAUUAGACCAAAUUUGCUGGAAGAAGGAGAUAAAGAUAUAACACCUGCUAUUUUGUUUACAAUAGUAGUUCCCUUACUAAACCCUUUCAUAUACAGCCUGAGAAAUAAAGAAGUAAUAAGUGUCUUGCAAAAAAAUUUGAUUAAAAAGGUAAGCUCAAGAAAUUUUAAACAAACAACAUCUGUUGUAGCUUAA